UGUUCUCGUUUCUGCCGCUUGUGUACUCUGACCAAAGUCAAAUACAGGAUAGCAGUGUGCGUCCUGUUCAUUAAACUGCAAAAGUUUAAAGUUUAACUUAACCUAAAUAUAAGUUCAAACGGUGUUUGCCAGGGUUGUUGUCUUAAGGGUUCGUCGGUCGAGUUGUUAUUCGAUAAACUGAACAAACCGAGGAAGUUUGCGUAGAGUACAGUAAGGGUCCGAGAAGUAUUUUGUUGUGUCAUGGAGCUGGUGAUCCGCCGCUACCGUCCCUCAGACAAGGACACGGUGCGGCGCCUGUUCAGUAGCGGCAUCAGGGAGCACAUCGGCCCAUGUUUUCAGAAUGCCAUGCUUAGCCCUCUACACCUCACUAUUACUCUGUCUCUGGGUUUGGUUGGCUACCUCCUCGGCUCUUUGUAUACAGCUCUGUUGCUGCCAACAGCCUGGGUGGGACUCAUCUACUGCUGCUCCUACUACCUAUUCGCCAGGUAUGUCGCAAUGAAACUUAAGACAGACAUGCAGGACAUCGACGGGACGUACCUGAGCAGACCGGAUGAUUGCUUUUGGGUGGCAGAGGCUGAGGUCGACGGGGCAAUGCAGGUCAUCGGGAUGGUGGCUGUGUUGUGUAUAGGAAGUGGGAAUGAGAAGCACGGGGAAAUGUUCCGAAUGAGCAUCUCGCCAAAGUCCAGGCGGAUGGGACUGGGCCGCAGGUUGACUCAGACUGUGAUUGAUUUCUGUAAGGAGCGAGGCUUCUCUAAGUUGGUGCUAGGGACCACCUCCACCCAGAUGGCUGCUGUGGAUCUGUACAAAAAACUGGGGUUCAAACUUGUCCUCACACACAAAGACGUAUACGCUCCCCCCUGGAUGCUUGCGUUGGCCCAAGUCAACGUUUUAAAAAUGGAAAAACUUUUAUGAAGCUAAAACAGUGUAGGGUUUGCUUAUGUGUCUUACUUUAUACGUCUUAAAGAAAAGCAUGUCUUAUAAAUGGUAGUUUUUCCAUUCACGUCGGGACCAAAUGCAGUGUGAAUAAUGUGUGACAUCAGAGAAAAAGUAAUGAAAGGAUUUAAUAUGUGAAGGUGUGAGGAUAUAAAAUGACAAUAUUUAUGUUAUAUCAGUCAAUCAUUUUUGUUUAAAGGUGGGGAUAACAUUUUUAAAAAUUAUGCUUUUUCAGUCUGAUUACGAUGCAUUCACCAUCAUUAUGUUUGGUUGUCUCUAAAUUAGAACAAUAGAAAGUAGUUCUAAUUUCUUGUUUACACUUGUUAAAUGUUUAGUGCAUGAAAAAUGAUCAGUUUACUCCACUCCACCUAUUGAAUAUUAUUGAGUGUGUUAUUGAUUUGACCUAUUUCCACUAAUUGUUUUUAUAACAAUCAGUUUUGUUCUCCUGAAAAAAAGUCUUCACUAAAUCUAAACUAAAGAUUAUUCUUUCUAAUAUGUUGUUUUAUUUGUAUUUUUUGUUUAAUUUAGUAAUAGAAUGAGUCAAAAACAUUUCAGUAAAUGAACCUUGACCCUUCUACCGUUUGUCCUUUCUUUCAUUCCUUACCUCUUUUACGUUAGACCUCACCACUCACCUUCAACCGCUCUGUCUCUUUAGAUUAAUCAGCCUGACCUAAAACUACAUUUCAUAAUGUUGGCCCGUUGAGAUUUUAGUUGAACUAUCACAAUUAAAUCAAAACAUUGGCACUGAUGUGUGCAUUUUUGGUUUCAAUGAGAUCUUACAGUUAUACAAUAGGCAUAAUGCCACAGUUUUUAACUGUUUUAUUGAUGCAUCAAAAGCGUUUGAUCAUGUAAAUUAUGAAAAUGUGUUUAAUAAAUUGCUUGUAGAGAAAAUCUUAAAUAUUUUUUAAGAAUCUUAGUGUAUUGAUAUGCUCACCAGUUUUUUGGGGAAAAUUCUGUAUCAUCUUUUUAUGUGGGUAAAGUGUGCAACAAGGCAGCAUCUUGUCUUCUUCGCUUUUUAACGUGUAUAUGGAUGAUUUAUCUAAGCUGCUGAAUCAAUGUGAGACUGAAUUUCAGGUUGGCAACAGAACCAUCAACCACCUGAUGGAUGCUGAUGAUCUUGUGAUUCUCUUUUUGUCUGUAUAGUGCUGGUCUGCAGCAACUGCUUUGCUUUCAGUAUGAAUUGGAGUGUGAUAUUAAAUAUAAUGCAAAAAAGUGGAAUGUCAUGGUUGUCAGGAACAAAGAGGACAAUAAAUGAUCUUUCUCUGACUUCACAGUGAAGUCAGAGAAAGGUUGGGACAUUACAUACUCCAAUGCAUACUGCCCACCUGCGGAGGCAUUAUAGAACAAGCAGAAAGCUUGAACUUUGAAACCUUUUGUACAGAUCUAUACUGCAGCUGAUCCAGAAUGCUGCUGCUCGCGUUCUCACUAAAACCAGGAAGAUAGAGCACAUAACACCAGUUUUAAA